AUGCCGCCUAGUAGACGGCCGCGUACCGACCCCAUCGUCCGCGUCCGCACCGGUUGCUGGGCCUGCAGACGCCGCAAGAAGAAAUGUGAUGAAGUCAAACCCAUCUGUGGGGGAUGCGUGCGGAAUAAGCUCACCUGCCAGUGGCCGACCAUCAUCCCAGGCCAACCCAAAGCCAACAAUAUCUCCUUCAUGCCUGAAGAGGAUGGCCAUCACGAUCGACAGUCAAAUGAAGAUGGAUCCCCUCGACAGAUGAGCGUGAACCGGGAAACGUCCAGCUCGAUCGAGUCCCGUUCUACCUCCCCAUCUUCCCCGGAGGAGAUACUACGGGAGUCCAACUCCCCGGAAGACACGUCUCGCGAGUCUCCUGCAUCAGGUCCCUUGGUUUCAAUGGACCUUACUCCAACUUCUGCCAUCGGCAGCAGCCAAGCCCUAGGAACGUCUGCCACCGUUAGCAAUCUACUCCCCCGGAGCCUGUCCAUGUUUCCCGGCCAUGGACCUGAUUCCUAUCAGCUGUUGAGCCACUAUUUGGCCACGACAGCAGACUGCAUGGCCAACGGCUCUACCCCGAUUAAUCCAUUUUUGGUCCAGAUCGUGCCACUCGCUUUCAGCAGCGAUCUCCUGCUCCAGCUGGUUCUGACGCAGAGUGCUGCCCAUCGGGCGUUUCGCUGCCACAAGGAGUCUGACGAGGUGGCACAGAAACACUACACCUCAGCCCUUCAGCUAUUCCGAAAAGGUGUUACCGAUUUUAUUGACGGGAAAGAAUCAAACCCGCUCAUGCUGACGGUAGGGGCGUUGGUGAUGUGCUUUACAGAGACGGCCAAAGGCGAUAUGAAUGGCACGAUAUUUGACCACCUGACUGCUGCUAACUCUCUUCUUAUUCGACUGCUCUCACAAAGUGAUACAGCGGUACCGAAAGACUUAAAAGACUUUGUUAUCGAAUACUACACCUACACUGCUGCUGUGAGCAUGAUCUCGGUUGAUGCUCGUGUCAGUACUCAACUGUUCUUGAACUUUGAUCUCGAACAGCGGGCGCGUCAGCUGCUGCAAUCGGAAUACGUGGGGAAUUUAUGUGGUUGCUGGCUGGAGUUGCUGCUGCUGAUACCGUGCAUUUUCGACCUAGGUCGGCAAUGGAUGAUGCACGAUGGCCGACCAGCUAUGCCCACUGCAGAUGAUAUUGCCAUGUUCAGCUCGCUGCAAGUACAGAUCAUGCGGUGGACACCAUAUGCCUCGGUCAGCCCGGAGGUAUUUCUGGCAGGGCGGAUCUUCCAGCAGGCGAUGCUCCUUUACCUGUACACCGCGCUAGGCGGGUUCUCCCGGGCGGAGAACGGCAUGUAUCAGGGGCUAAUAGAGACCGCGGUUACAGAGGCGAUGACUUAUCUAGGGCAGCUGUCUGGGACCGCGCGGAUCAACUCCGGGCUCUGUUGGCCGAUUGCUGUGGUGGGGUCGUGCUUAACCAAUGCAGAACACCAGGAUAGUCUACGCCGCCGGCUCACCAUUAUGGUAAACACGUUUGGCCUUGGCAACAUGCAGAGGACUCUACUCAUACUGGAACACAUGUGGCAGAUGCCGCUGGACGAAACCGGCCCAUGGAACAUCUGCCGCGCCAUGCAGCGGAAUCAAAUAUGGAUAUCGUUUGCCUAA